AGCGCUCGGUGGCGGGCCCUUUCCUGCCGGGUUGCAUUGUGGGAAAGAGCAGUUUCCGUUAGGGCGCUGCAGACUGAGGCGCGCGACUGGCCGCAGCCGCACGUGAACCGCUGCGUCUGCAUCGCCCCGCGGGGCCGCCGCUGCCCGUUCGCCGCCGAGGGGCUCAGAACCCGCCGGCAGCCGGAAGUGGCCCGCGGCGCCGUCGCCGAAACCGAGCCCCGGAGCCCCCGAGGCGUGAAGCGCUUCGCUGCGCAGUGACGGCGCCAUGUCCCUCAUCUGCUCCAUCUCCAACGAAGUGCCAGAGCACCCCUGCGUGUCCCCCGUGUCCAACCACGUCUACGAGCGGCGCCUCAUCGAGAAGUACAUCGCGGAGAAUGGCACGGACCCCAUCAACAACCAGCCCCUGUCCGAGGAGCAGCUCAUCGACAUUAAAGUUGCUCACCCCAUCCGGCCCAAGCCCCCCUCAGCCACCAGCAUCCCGGCCAUUCUGAAAGCCCUGCAGGAUGAGUGGGAUGCCGUCAUGCUGCACAGCUUCACUCUGCGCCAGCAGCUGCAGACCACCCGCCAGGAGCUAUCCCACGCGCUGUACCAGCAUGAUGCUGCCUGCCGCGUCAUUGCCCGUCUGACCAAGGAGGUCACCGCUGCCCGAGAAGCUCUGGCCACCCUGAAGCCACAGGCAGGCCUCAUCGUGCCCCAGGCUGUGCCAAGCUCCCAGCCCAGCGUGGUGGGUGCGGGUGAACCCAUGGAUCUGGGCGAGCUGGUGGGCAUGACCCCCGAGAUCAUCCAGAAGCUUCAAGACAAGGCCACUGUGCUAACCACGGAGCGUAAGAAGAGAGGGAAGACUGUGCCUGAGGAGCUGGUGAAGCCCGAAGAGCUCAGCAAAUACCGGCAGGUGGCAUCCCAUGUGGGCUUGCACAGCGCCAGCAUCCCCGGGAUCCUCGCCCUGGACCUGUGCCCGUCUGACACUAACAAAAUCCUCACUGGUGGGGCGGAUAAGAACGUCGUCGUCUUUGACAAGAGCUCUGAGCAGAUUUUGGCCACCCUCAAAGGCCACACCAAGAAAGUCACCAGUGUGGUGUUUCACCCUUCACAGGAGCUGGUGUUCUCUGCUUCUCCCGAUGCCACAAUCAGGAUUUGGUCGGUCCCGAACGCCUCUUGUGUUCAGGUUGUUCGGGCCCAUGAGAGCGCUGUGACAGGCCUCAGCCUCCAUGCUACUGGUGACUAUCUCCUGAGCUCCUCUGAUGACCAGUACUGGGCCUUCUCUGACAUCCAGACAGGACGUGUCCUCACCAAGGUGACCGACGAGACCUCUGGCUGCUCGCUCACCUGUGCACAGUUCCACCCUGAUGGACUCAUCUUUGGGACAGGAACCAUGGACUCUCAGAUCAAGAUCUGGGACUUGAAGGAGCGCACCAACGUGGCCAAUUUCCCAGGCCACUCGGGCCCCAUCACCAGUAUCGCCUUCUCCGAGAAUGGCUACUACCUGGCCACGGCGGCCGAUGACUCGUCCGUCAAGCUGUGGGACCUGCGCAAGCUGAAGAACUUUAAGACGCUGCAGCUGGAUAACAACUUUGAGGUGAAGUCCCUGAUCUUUGACCAGAGUGGCACCUACCUGGCCCUCGGGGGCACCGAUGUCCAGAUCUACAUCUGCAAACAGUGGACGGAGAUUCUUCACUUCACAGAGCACAGUGGCCUGACCACCGGGGUGGCCUUCGGGCACCACGCCAAGUUCAUCGCUUCCACAGGCAUGGACAGGAGCCUCAAGUUCUACAGCCUGUAGGCCUGGCCCUGACGCAAGCCGGGCCUCAUCUCAGUAGUGGGGUAGUGGGGUGGGGGUGGGGGGGAGAAGGGGAGAAGCUACGGGUGUGGGGAUGGGGGAGGGUGUACGGGGUGGGACAUUCAUACCAUUUCAUGGGGCUCCUGAGAGCCGAGGCGGCACAGACUGUUUGCAGCCUCCAGGCCCAGCUGGGAACAGGGGCAGGAGGUGGCACUGCCACCCUCUGAAGGCUCAGGUCGGAGCCCAGGGCCUCUCUCCUGUGUGGCCCGUUGAGUUGGUGGCGGCCACUCCACAGCCACCCAGUCUUAAGUUCCUGGGGGACGGGAGAGGCCGAGCCAAGGGAACUGUGAAGGGGAUGGGUACGAGGGCUCACACAGGGUUUUGUAAGCAGCGAUCUAGUUUCAUUAAAAAAAGAAAACAAUAAACGUAA